CUAGAUAAGGCCUUCGUCUUGUUGGACUUCUACUCAUCACUGCGAAGCGAAUGGUAGCUCCGGCGACGCUUGCCCUCGGCCCAUGCGCCGCGCUUCCGCCGGCGGCGACCGUGGCUGGGAAGGCCCGGAGAACUCUGCAGCUUGUGCUUCCUGGUUCUCCGCACCUUCAGAGCUCUGCUUCGUCUCUGCCCAAGUCGUGCAUCCUCCGUAAUCGCAGGGCUUUGUCUUUCUCCCCCGCGGCCGUCGCUGUAGAUUCAGAUCAGUCUGGAUCGAUCCAGACUGAAGAGAAGGAGAAACCUAUGAAAUAUUACUUUGUGGUGGCAAAUGCAAAGUUCAUGCUUGAUGAGGAGGAGCAUUUCAAGGAGCUGUUGUUUGAGAGGCUGAGACUCUUUGGUGAGAGAGACAAAGAACAAGAUUUCUGGCUUGUCAUUGAGCCCAAGUUCUUGGAUAAGUUUCCAAACAUCACCAAGAGAUUGAAUAGGCCUGCUGUUGCGCUCGUCUCCACCAAUGGCCCUUGGAUUACGUUUAUGAAGCUGAGAUUGGAUAGAGUUUUGGCAGAUAACUUCGACGCAAACAGCCUCGAAGAAGCUUUAGAUUUUAAUCCGGUUGAUUUGAAGUUUGACAAACCAGAGAAGUGGGUUGCGCCAUAUCCAAAGUAUGAGUUUGGAUGGUGGGAACCCUUUUUACCACCAGUGAACAGCAAAACGAGUUCAUAAGUCAGUUUUCAUUUCCCGUUUCAACCCAAUUUUUAGAUAGAUUGUAUUUUAGGGGACUAUGUUGUUGUUAUUUGUAUCAUAUGUUGGAACUUCCAUGCUGUUAAGGUUCAUGAGCAUUACUUUGUAUUAAUAAUUCUAAUGUGCAAGCGGCUUUCAGUUUCAGUAGAUGGUGUUCAUCCA